GCUGUUUUGGAGCCAUCGCCUGACAAGAAACAUGAUGGUAAGAUACACAUUAACAUCUUUUUCCAUCUUGAGUAGUAAAGCCAAGUAUAAGGAUUACAUUUAUGAUACGAGAAGGGGAAAGACGCAUCUUUCACUUCACAAACAUUUUAUUUAGAUGCGCAGCACUGAAUCAAAACUACUCAGCUCACAUGUUUGACAUGUAUUAUUUUGACAGCAACCGGGUAUAAUUUUGCUCAAGGAGGGAACAGACGCCUCGCAGGGUGUUCCUCAACUCAUCAGCAAUAUAAACGCUUGUCAGUUUAUUGCUGAUGCAGUUCGGACAACUUUAGGGCCAAGAGGAAUGGAUAAACUAAUUGUAAAUAGUCAAGGUAGGUCUACAGUACAGUACACUCCCGUCGUUCAGAGCAUGUACACUUCUGAAGAGACAGUAGUACUUCAUCUUACUUUAUUUUCUUCUUGAUCUCUGUGUAGGGAAAGCCACGAUUUCCAACGACGGUGCUACAAUUAUAAGUCUCUUAGAUGUCGUCCAUCCUGCGGCAAAAACUCUUGUAGAUAUUUCAAAGUCGCAAGACGCGGAGGUGUGUGUAAUUUGCUCAAGGGUUAUAUUUAUGUAGUAUUUCUUAUGGUUCAAUUGUAAAUGUAGUCAGAAUGUCAGUGAUCGACGUUGUUGACUUGCGUUUACAAAGGGGAUCCAUACAUACUUAGCCGCAUGUAUUAAAUACACCGUAUGCCCGUACCAUCCCACCCUUCGUUGGAAAAUCCUGUCUGCAAUCAUAUCUUCUUGAUCAUUAAUUUUCCCUGAAGAAGGAACUUUAGAUCUUUCUCAGUGUGGCUUUUUCUUAUUUUGUUGUAUGUCUGGCGAUAUGUCAUAAAUAUUUCUCUGUGCCACCAAAGGUUGCCAUUUCGACCAUUAUUUCCAUCAGGUGCCAUUACACUAAAGAUUUAUCUACUGUAGAGAUAGUCUAACUGCCGAUAAAUUUUCAGUGUACUUAUGUAAUUAAAACGCCCAAAACUAGUUGUUUUUUUAUUAUGUAUGUUGGGUAUCUUAAAACCUAAAUACUGCAUUACAACUAGAGUUAUUUCCAUAUUGAAAUAAAAUCUCGAGAACAUUUAGGGUUUGCAAGAAGAGAAGAACAAAAACCAAGGGUACAUCCCUUAGAAAAGAGUUGAAAAUGAAUGGGAGGAAGAUUAGAUGAUGUUUCCUUCUGAAAAACAAACAAAUACCUUAAUUAGCUUGAAAUUUUUAAACCCUAAGGAGUGACCAGCAUCUAAUUUCUCCUUAAGGCAAUAUCAUUAAACAAGUUCUCCUUGUCAGUAUAAGAGAAAUUUGUGGAGGAGAGUAAGGUGAAUGUGGAUACUGAUGUUAGGGUAAAAAGGGUUAAAAAGUUACUUGCUGACAGAUUGAGAAGUUCAUUUUGUAUAAUCAAUGUAUAGGUUGGUGAUGGAACAACGACUGUCACUCUUCUUGCCAGUGAAUUUCUAAAGCAAGUCAAACCAUUUAUAGAAGAAGGAGUUCAUGCUCAGAUUGCUGUGAAGAGCUUUAGGAAGGCUGCAAAUUUAGUGAGUAAAACUGUACAAUUCUUUUCUCCUGUUGCACGGUAAACCUCAGCAUGGUUAGAUUUUUAUAUAAAUGAUUAAAUUUUGAUCUCUCUCUUUAUCUUGGUUUUCAGGCAAUUAGUAAAAUUAAGGAGAUUGCUGUCAAAAUCAAGAAAGAUGACCCCAAGUAAGUAGAAGAUGUCAGUGGAAAUUUUGGCUACUUUAAAAAGUUAAUGAUGUUAUCAUUUAAAAUAUAUAGUAAGUAAAUAAAGUAAAGCCUUUAUAUGAGCCCAAGUGGCCCAUGGGGCUGGUGAUUAACUCCAGUUUCUCAGCAUGAAGCGGUUAGGAGUAUUGCUACUCCCCUCUGGAUGGGAUGCUAGUCCAUCACAGGGUUACCCCCAGCACAUUUGCUGGUACCCAUUUGUACACCUGGGUGAAGAGAAGCACUGUGAGAGUAAAGUGUCUUGCCUAAGAACACAGCACAAUGACCCUGGCCAGGGCUCAAACCCGGACGGCCCAUCUGGAAUCAAGCGCACUAACCAUGAGACCACCAUGCCUCCACUUAAAAUAUAUACCUUCACUCAUUCUUAAAAUUUUAUUUUUACUAUAUUAAAAUUGUUUCAUAGUCUUGUAAAACAUAGUAUCCCUUUCUUCCAGCAGUCAACUAUCCUAAUUCUCACCACUUUGAGGAUUUUGUUAUCGACAUGGUUAACUUUCUGAUCUUGCAGAGAAAUGCGAGUAUUGUUGGAAAGAUGUGCAGCAACUUCACUAAACUCCAAACUAGUAGCUGCUCAUAAAGACUUCUUCUCCAAGAUGGUAGUUGAUGCUGUAAUGCUUCUAGAUGAUCUUCUUCCACUGAACAUGAUUGGCAUGAAGAAGGUGAAAGGUGGAGCCUUAGAAGAUUCACGCCUCAUUGCUGGUGUGGCCUUCAAGAAGACAUUUUCCUAUGCUGGAUUUGAAAUGCAACCCAAAAAGUACAAGAAUCCCAAGAUUGCAAUGCUAAAUGUAGAGCUUGAACUGAAGGCAGAAAAGGAAAAUGCAGAGAUUAGACUCGACAAUGUGAAGGUAAUGACACAGAACGUAAAGUGUAGUGCUGCCAUGAUAUUUUAAGAGCAUGAAAAUACUCUCUGGAUCUGUAAACUUGUUCAGGAGCACCAGCACCUUGUAUAGUCCAGAUUGUAAUGAUCAAUUCUCGGUUUAAGAUUAACCCUCAUGAUAUUAUGGUGGUAUUAGAAAUCACUUGCUUAACCCUUUCUCUCUCAUUAUCUUGAUAGAAGUUCUCCUUACUGUGUGCUAUACACUCUUUAGAAAGUUUGCUGUGAGAAUUUGGUGUUGGAUCAAAUGAUAAUCCCCUAGUUAAUAAUUUUUGCUAUUCUCGUCACUUUUCUGCUAGAUAUUGUAUUGGUACUGCAAGAAGAAAUUGUGUCUUAGUCAUGGUUAAUACACACUUCUGGAUAUGAUGAUUUACUCUGCAUAAAGGUUUAUAUUCACUUCACCAUUCGAAAGUUACUUCUCAGUUCUGAGAAGUGAAAACACUGAUGGUAGAGUAUUUCCUUUUUCUGAAAAAAAAUUGGGAGAGUCCUUAUCAUAGAAGAGGAGCCUCCACUUUUUAAGGGUUCUCUCCUAUAGAAACUAUGCACAGAAUUAUGCACAUCAGAAGUGCACGAGGCUUACUAUUGAUCUGAUGAUUUUCUCUCUUCCACAGGAGUAUCAGCAGAUUGUGGAUGCUGAGUGGGAGAUCCUUUAUGACAAACUGGACAAGAUAGUUAAGAGUGGUGCAAAGGUUGUUCUCUCAAAGCUCCCCAUUGGAGAUGUCGCCACACAAUAUUUUGCUGAUAGGUUAGACUUUCUUUUAUCAUAUUUCCUCUCUGAAAUGCAUCCCUCAAAUACACCCUGCUCUCGAUCAAUCCUUUUCACUUUAAUAUCAGUAUGCAUAUUCUCCAUACUGUUCUCUGUACAUUUCUUAAGGAGCAUUCUCCUGACCUUCAAGUUUGAUUUAGAGGUGAUAAUGUAACCAGAAAUUUGAUGCUAGGUACUCCUAAGGGUCAAAGGUUUACUUGCAGCAGACUGAGCCAGAAUGACCAUUGAAUGCAACCCUUGAACUAAAGCUGCACCCAAUCAGAAGAAUGUGGCAUUUAUUUGUUGACUAUUAGGAACUAAAGUUUGGUGAAACUCUGAAAAUACCAAUCCUUCAUUUCUUAGUAUAACAUAUCAAAAACCAUACAGUUGUGAUGCUACCUUGCCAGAAAAAUGUCUUGUUGAAACUUGAGCCAGGCUUCUCUAUAAAGUGCUAUUUACAGAGGAUUCACUCUAAAUACUGGGAAAUAUCUGCUGAUAUUCCCCAAAUUUGUUUUAGCCUUGCAUCAAUUGUGAUAAAAAUUGGCCUUGACAAGAACAUUCAAAUUUGGAGAGGGUCUUAUAUGAAGGCAAUUUCAUGACAAGGAUUGGUUUGUUUUCAGGGACAUGUUCUGUGCUGGUCGCGUUGUGGAAGAAGACUUGAAGAGAACUAUGAAGGCCUGUGGUGGUGCCAUUCAAACAACAGUCAAUAACAUGACAGACGAAGUUCUAGGCAUGUGUGAACUGUUUGAAGAAGAGCAGAUUGGUGGAGAGAGGUAUGCAGUAAUAUUAGGACACUGUAUAAAAAUCAUUUCGCUAAUUAGGUAAAAUUUACCACUUUAUAACAUGGGAACCAUCUUCGAUGUUGUAAUUAAAGAAACUAAAGAAUUUGAGGGGGUGGAAUUUGACGGAAACAGGGAAGUGAUGUGUUUAAGUUUAAGUGGUAUCUAGUCGUUUCAUAACAAUACACGUUUCGUACUCAGUCGAUUCGUACCCAAAUUCAGACGAUUCGCACCUGGUUUGUGUCGGUUCGUACCUGCUCCAACAUUUAGUGACGUUCACAACCCAGGAGAUACUACGAAAUACCCCAUGCUCGAACGCGUGAGCAGAUGUCGAUGUUUGCCUACGACAAGUUAUUAGAGAGUUAAGCGAGUAAGGGACAAAUUUUAAAAGUUCUGUUUAUGAAUACUUGUGACCUUCUAGACAAUAACAAGAUCAGACUGUGCAUGUUUGGUUCCAAGCCUUACAUUUGGUGGUCGCGUUUGUAAAAUACAAAUGUGAAAUGGUGCGAUGAAUUUUGUUUUCUAUGGCUUCGUCAUUCUGAAAGUUUUAGUUAACCUCUAUGAAUUGGUUAUCUCUAGUGUUGCUAUUUCCUGAGGGUGACCACUUCACAGAGGUUUGACAGUACCGAUUUCUACUCGUAUUUCAGAUAUAACAUCUUUACUGGUUGCCCUGAGGCCAAGACGUGCACUGUCAUUUUACGAGGUGGAGCUGAACAAUUCAUCGAAGAAACAGAAAGAUCUCUGCACGACGCCAUCAUGAUCGUACGACGAGCGAUCAAAAAUGAUGCAGUGGUAGCAGGAGGGGGAGCGAUCGAAAUGGAACUAAGCAAAUACCUGAGAGAUUUUUCUCGGUCGAUCGCAGGAAAGGAACAGCUUCUUAUUGGAUCCAUGGCCCGAGCUCUGGAGAUCAUUCCCAGACAGCUGUGCGACAAUGCGGGAUUUGAUGCUACUAAUAUCUUGAAUAAACUACGACAGAAACACUUUCAAGGUAAGAGGAUCGACACUUCGUCUGGAUUUUUCGUAGGGCGAAUAAAACUGUACACCGGGUUAAUCUUAUUCGGCGGAUAGCGCGGUACCUCUUUUGAACACUCAACCGCCGGAUAGUUUUUUAUCCGAUGGAUAGCUAUAUUUUUGGACAACUGGACGCUGUACGUUACAUCGAACCUGUAAAUAAAGGUUUCCCAAGGUCUAGAAGAGGGACCGUGUAUCAAAAUAGCGUUCAAACGGGGCAUUGAACUCUUUACAAAGUAAGGAAAGCGCGUACAAACCAUAUAUUUGUUAAUCUGCUAUGGCUGCUGAAUACCGGGCGGGGUCUUGUAAGGUGGCUGAAUUUCUGUACAAUCACGAUGGAUGAAAUUUCACACUUACGCAAUUUUCGAACGUUUGAUGUUGAUGCACAAAGUUGCACACCCACUAUUCCACUCAGGCCAUGUAAUUUGACUCAAAAUAUUACGUGAGGAAUAUGAAAAAGAUAAAGAAGUUAUCAGUUUUGCACACUGUGCGUGAGAACCCUCUAGGAAUAACUCCAAUCGACAUGGUGCUGGAAGAGGGAUGGGUCGGGGGGGCAUGGACAAUGGGGAGUUGUUUGAACAUCUUCCUCAGAUGUAAAGUCAGCUUCCAAAGACUUUUCGAAUUUUAGUGUCGACUCGCAGUAAAAAGAAGGAAACCCCACGCUACAUCCGCUGUACAAACGAGAAUUAACUUUAUUCCUUUUUUAACUCGUGGAUUGCGCGAAUGCGCAAGAGCGAGUUGUAAAUACGAUGUGGGGAAUAGCGCUCGCUCGAUUAGUCGAUUCCUGUAAACUUUUUUUCGAUUUUAGGCUUUUGAGUGCAUCUGAUAGUUUUUGGCGAGCAAUAAACGAACGAAAUGGCGACCUUUGUUGCUAAGAAUAGUGUUGGGGUGAAAAAGAAGCCAAUGAUAAUUUAAAAGAGUUUUUUUUUUCGUUUUAGUUUCAACAAGAGGCGCCAGCGACUGGCAGGCAUGCAAGGAUUCACACUGAAAUAACAGAACAACCUUCGUUUUUCAUAAAAUUGUAAUUUACAAUCCUUGAACUUGAAAACAAUCCGAAGGUUCAUUGAAAAUAUCACUUACUGCGAAGCGCUCGGAGUUUACAGAUGUUCAAAAUCUUUUUCUGUUGGCGUGAGAUUGAGGACAAAAUCGAUAUACUAAAAUGCGAAAGUUAUACACCACAAAAUUGAUAAAUAGGCCUGAAAUGAAAUGCUAUCUUGUUAUUGAUUAUACGUUGCCUAGCACGUGACUAAAAUCUGCCCAGGCGGAGAUUCUAAAUGACGGUGGCAGUCUUUGAUUUCGUUUGAUAAAGAGGGAAUCGUUAAUGUUUUCAUUAAGACAGUAUUGCCUUGAUUUUCCAAUAUUUACAAUGAUAGACAGUAAAUUUCACUUUUCACCCACAUUUACUUCCAACCUUUUCUUUUGAACCAGAAACAAAAAUUAUAUACGUUUAAAACACGACAUCAUCCACCCUUGUCAAAUGUAAUAGUAUGAUCAUUUCAAUUGAAAUGCCUUCUUAUCCCAACGUUACUUUGUUUCUUUGCUACAUUAGCGAACACUGAACUACUGCUCGUACUCUAGAUAUGACAAUCAACCAUAAAAUUCCCAAAACCAGAUAACAUUAAACAUAAUCCAAAAAAUCAUGUGUCAAUUCACGAGUUUGCUCACAGAGAACUUUGAUUUUUUUUCUUCUUUGUUUAGGUGGCAUGUGGUAUGGGGUGGAUAUAAACAACGAAGACAUCGCCGAUAACUUCGAGGCGUGUGUCUGGGAGCCAGCCAUUGUGAAAAUCAACGCCAUCACGGCUGCUACGGAAGCAGCUUGUCUGAUCCUGUCGGUGGACGAAACAGUAAAAAACCCUAAGUCAGGGGGUGAUGGACCCCCUGCACCCGCUGGAAGAGGGCGCGGUCGUCCAAGAUGAGAAUUGGACCCGUGGUUGUGACUUAAGAAAUUUCACUGAUUGGUAAUAAUAUAUUGGACAUCUUGUGCGGCGCUUGAGGACAUAACAAGCCUUAUGCCCUCGGCAUAACUGUACUCUGAGUUGUUCCGAGAACGUGAUUUGUUCGGACAGCGUAUUUGAAAAAGGAACUGUUACCGAACUGAAAGAGCAGCUAGGCAUUAUUGAAGAAUAAAGAACCGCUGUUAUGUUGGAAGUUGUGAUCCUGUGGAGGAUUUUGUGUGUACUCAGUAAUAUUUUGAGGCGUACGAUAUACUGUUAAAAAUUUGUUGAGAAAAAAUAAGUGCCC